CGGAAUACGGAAGUAACAGCUAGACUCGGGUGAAACUUUUGCAAUACAGUGACAGGCUAUUUACACUAUUACAACGAAGACAUGAAGUUAGGACAGCCUGUUUUCGAAGCCUCAUAUCCGCCAUGUUUGUAUAUAUUUUACUGCUGACAAACAACCUACCGGACGUCCGUGUUUACUUAGUGGCGAACUAAUGGGGCUCUGUUGAGUCCAUAACUAAGAAAUUGAUAAUGGAUUAUUCGCUAAUCAUAGCUGUGUUCCUCGCAAGCUUUCAUUUGUCUUUGGCAGCUCAGCAGCCCCACAUCGUUUUCAUCUUGGCAGAUGACUUUGGUUGGUAUGAUGUCGGCUAUCACAGCUCAGAGAUCAGCACCCCGAACCUGGACAAGCUGUCAGCCGGAGGAGUCCGCCUGGAGAACUACUAUGUUCAGCCUCUGUGUACUCCCUCCAGAAACCAGCUCAUGACCGGGAGAUACCAGAUCCAUACAGGCAUGCAGCACCAGAUCAUCUGGCCCUGUCAGCCCUACUGUGUCCCUCUGGAUGAGAAACUGCUGCCCCAGCUGAUGAAGGAGUCAGGCUAUGCCACCCACAUGGUGGGCAAGUGGCACCUGGGCAUGUACAAGAAGGACUGCCUGCCCACGCGCCGGGGCUUUGACACGUACUUUGGUUACCUGACGGGCAGCGAGGAUUACUUCACUCACAUACGUUGUGCUCACAUCUCUGUUCUGAAUCGGACUCGCUGUGCGUUGGACCUGAGGGAAGGAGAAGAGGUCGCCACCGCAUUCAAAGGAGCCUAUUCCACUGAGCUGUUCAGCCAGAGGGCCACCAGCAUCAUUGAAAAACAGGACCCUAACAAGCCACUUUUCCUCUACGUAGCAAUGCAGGCAGUCCAUGCACCCUUGCAGGUGCCAGAGCGCUACGUGGCCCCCUACAGUUUCAUCAAAGACCCCCAUCGCAAGCUGUAUGCCGGCAUGGUGUCGGCCAUGGAUGAGGCAGUGGGCAACAUCACUCUGGCUUUGCAGCAGAGAGGACUCUGGGACAACACGAUCCUGGUAUUUUCAACAGAUAAUGGAGGUCAGACGCUGAGUGGUGGCAGCAACUGGCCACUGCGAGGGAGGAAGUGGUCACUGUGGGAAGGAGGGAUCCGGGGAGUCGGAUUUGUCGCCAGCCCGCUACUGAAGCAACCCGGUACUGUCAGCCACGAACUCAUCCACAUCUCCGAUUGGCUGCCAACACUUGUUGGCCUGGCCGGAGGGAGCACCAAUGGCACAAAGCCACUGGAUGGAUUCAAUGUGUGGAACACGAUCAGCAAAGGGUUUGCCUCACCCAGACUGGAGCUGCUGCACAACAUUGACCCCCAGUAUAAUGACAUCGCUCCAUGUCCUGGCACCAAGCGUCAGUUAACUUUGGCUCAGGUGGUCAGCAGAGGCUCCUGGGCCAACUCUGGCUUCAAUGUGUCCAUUCACGCGGCCAUUCGAUCCUCAAACUGGAAGCUGCUGACUGGCUACCCGGGUUGUGACAUUUGGUUCCCGCGGCCCAGCCACAACAGCUCCGAGCGGAGCCACUCAGAGGUGGAUCCACUGAACUCCGUAAUGCUGUUUGACAUAGAAAAAGAUCCAGAGGAAAGGAAUGAUGUGUCUGCUCAGUUCCCGGCAGUAGUGGAGUAUCUCCUCACCAGGCUCAACCAAUACCAGAAAAGUGCUGUGCCCGUAACCUUCCCCGAUGAAGACCCCAGAUGUGACCCAGGCCCCACUGGAGCCUGGGGACCCUGGGCUUAGAUGGCAGUGACAAUGAUGAAGGUUGUAACACUGUGAAUUACUGCAGCAGGGAUCUCCUCUGUAAAGGAGAGAGACAUUUUUUUCUGAUGAUUCACUUCCAAUAUGUAUCAACCAAAAGACAGCUUUUUUCAUCACAGUAUUUUCCAAACAGUCAAAACGCAAUCAUGGAGACCUUUUAAAGAAAAUAUUUGACUUAUAUUUUUGAAAUGGAACCAAUUAGUUUCAAAAUAGAGACUUGAUCAUCAACUGACUGACGGAUGAUGCCAUUAAUAUUGACCUGUGUCCCACUCCUGAGAUGCUUUCAGAGGUUUAGUUAAAGCGAUUGCGCAAACUCAAGCUACACAUGUUGCUGAUUUACCUCCCUGCUGUUCCAGGUAUUUGCACUUCAUUUAUCUACUGUUGAGAAGCUGCAGGCUUCCUUGUAUGUGUCAAACAUUGUGGUUGUUUUUAAACCUGGGAAAAAUAUUUCAGCAACCACACUAUGGUGUCAUUUGGAGCUUUUCAAGGAGUGUACAGGAAAGGGCAACAUACUGAUGUGUUUAAGAGAGAACAGAUGCACACAGUGUUGAUUUUAGCCAGAUUUGAUAUUUCAAGCUGUACUAAUCAAUGUUUUUAUAUCGGCAAUGGAUAAAAUGACAACAUACAUCACAGUAUGUGAAAGGAGGUACUUGUAGUAACAAACCCAAAGAGAAUUAUCACGACUCCCCUCAGCUCUGCAUCUCUCAGCUCAUUAUUAUGGUUCAGUCUCACAGCUCUCAUCAGUGUCAUUCCCAUCAGCAGCAGGAACCUGUUUUUAUUGGAAAAAGCUCUGAUAAACCAACAGUGCACUACCUGCCAAGCACCAAAUAACAAAUGACCAAAGUUAGUAACUAGCUGGUGUUGAACAUAGUGGAACAUUCUGCCACUAAAGAGCCAGAUAUUUCCCUCAUGAGCUGGUGGGGACCUUUAGCAGUGGUUUGUAUAGAUGUCUGCUUUCGGCCUGAAAUAAUAAAUGAAAGCAAUGUUUAAAUACAAAAUUUCUACAGACCAUUUCACUCAGCUCGGCUUUAUUUCUUUUCUGGAAUGAAUACAACCUAAGUCUGCUGCGCAUUCUGUUGAAAUGUUUGAUUUGGAGACAUUAGAUCACAAAAAUGUUUACAGCUUGUUACAUUGCUGCUAAAUGGCCAGGUGUAAAAUAUGUUUUAAAAAUGCUUUAAAUUAACUGAGCUCUACUUUCCUUUUUUCAUAAACUGUGCACAUCGCUAUUCGUAAAUGCCUACUGGUUGAAGCUUAAAAUGUGUGGUUGGUGUUUUAUGCCAGGAAACAAAAAGUUACAAAAUAAAGAGGCAAAAAUGCGGUGAAGCUGUGUUUAAAACCAUAGACUGUGAAAUGAAGCCAAAAAAUCUUGAUCGCCCCCUGGCAACCAUUGGUCAUAAACUCUGCCGCCUCCAUGUUAGCGGAUGGGACAUGGGCCAAACUAAAAUAAAAGUAAGUAAACAUCAAAUAAACUGUUCUAUAGUUGUUUUCAAUCAUUUAAGUAGAUUGUAUCAUGCUGAUGAAUGCUCAAGUGCGCAUUACUCUGUUUAAAACAUAAAAAAACCCACCAGCCACACUGCUGGAACCCAUGCAGAAUGUGUCUCCUUGUCUUGCUGGAAUAAGCAGGAACGUCUCUAACAAGACUUCAUCUGCAUGGCAGCAUAUGUUGCUCCAAAACCUGUAUAUACCUUUAAGCAUUCAUGGUGCCUUCGCGGAUGUGCAAGUUACCCAUGAUGCUGUGGGCAAUGACACACCUCCAUACCAUCACAGAUUUCUCUGGAUUCUCUGAACUUGUUCGAUGAUAUGGAUUGUAGAUGGUGAAAUCCUUAAAAUCCUGCUAUUGUAAUUUGAGAAAUGUUGUUCUUAAGUGUUGGCCUAUUUACCCACACAGUUUUUCACAAAGUAACAAUCCCUGCUUGCGAAUGUGAACAACUGAGGCUUUGGAGAGUGGAGACCCUUUCAUACCCAAUAAUGAUACUUUCAUUUGUCAGCAACUGACUGACCUUUAUACCUGUGGAAUGUGUCAAACAGGUGUUUUGGAACAUGUUGCAGGAAUCAAAUUCAGGAUCAGUGUUUAUUUACAAUAAAUAAUAAGGUUUAUCAGUUUAUAUUUAAAAUAUCUUGUCUUUGUACUGUAUUCAAUUGGAUUCAAAAGGACUUGCAAAUCAUUGCAUUUGUUUUUAUUUACAUUUUACACAGCAUCCCAACUUUUUUGGAAUUGGGAUUGUGGUUAUUUUGUUGUUAUUUUGUUAUGAUGCUAUAAAGGGGGGCUUUAUGUUACAUAUAACAGCUGUGUGUGUGUGUGUGUGUGUGAGAAUCAUGGAUGUAUAAAUUAUGGGCAUUUUGAUUUUGAAUGUUUGUGAUAAAUUAAAGGAUGAAGUGUUCCUGUAUGGGUGGAGAAAAAUCUAUUACUUCUUAAGCUAAAUAAACUUGGAUCAGCUGGAAAAUGCAUUGUCGCAAA